AUGGAUCCGGACGUCUCAGCACUCACGCAUAAGUACCUUAGGAUCAUGCCGCCCACUAUCUACAACACGCACCAGAGCUUCGAUUUCCAGAACCAAUGUUUACGGUAUCCUGUCCCCCUGCAUCCAGACUACAACCCAGAAGACCUCUUCGCCUACUCAUCUCAACGAUGGCUCUGGAACGAAGCACAACAGCUCCGAAACCGCUACGUUGCUUUUGACCUGCACGCACUGAUCCAAGUCGCCGAGGAAGCCGUCGGCAACACCACACCCUGCAUCAACAUCUCCAAACUACCCGAAGGGAACUUCAAUAAAGCUUUCUUAGUCACUCUGCAAGAUGGCCGGGAAGUGAUUGUCAAGAUCCCAAAUCCGAAUGCUGGACCGAGCCACUAUACGACGGCGUCGGAAGUGGCAACCAUGCAAUAUGCAAGAGAAAACCUCCAACUCCCUGUCCCUAAGGUCCUCCCGUACUGCUCCCGUGCGGAACAGAGUAAGCUAGGGACAGACAAAUUGGAACCAUCACGUCGACACUCUCGGGCAAGAUUCCCAUCAUACGGCUCAUUAUAUCUUCGUCAAGAUGUCUCAGAGUCAGAGAGCAUCAAAAUCGAUGAUACCUUCGCAAUUGGACCAACAACCGGACGAACAUGGUUCGAUGACCGAAGAAGUGAAGUCCAAGUCCACAGAGGCCCAUGUAAGCUCAUCAAUCACUCCACCGGCUAUACCUCAAACCUAACCACAGCAUCCAACCCAGGGCCCAGUCUUCAAAACACCAUGACUGCAUUAGUCCAACGAGAAAUAGCCUGCGUGAACAAAUUAUCUUCAUCCCAUCCAGAUACCCAACAGGGAAUCUUCAACGGCCCUGAUGGAUACCACCCAACCAAAGCAGCCAAACGAUCCGUUCUACAAGAAUACCUCAAAAUCCAGCAAUAUAUCGUCCCCAACGAUAACGCCCUCAAUGCGGGCAUACUCUGGCAUAACGAUCUCCACACAGACAAUAUCUUCAUCGACAAGGCCAAUCCCACACAAAUAACCAGCAUCAUCGACUGGCAAGCCAUCCCAAUCAUCCCUAUGUUUCUAAUCGCCCAUCAUCCCUCCCUAAUCGAAUAUGACGGUCCGAAACCCGAGCGAUUCAUCCAGCCCCGUCUCCCAGAUAACAUCGACAAUCUCAGUCCCCAGGAAAGAAAAGCUGCAAAGGAACUCCAUCUUUCCCAAACCUUCUGGCUUUAUUAUGAAACCCAGGUCUUCAAAGAAUCCCGGGACUUGAUCCAUGCAUUCAAAUACGAGGAUACCCUCCAGUCGGAGUUAAUGUCCCUGAUCGGAUCGAUAUUCGACGAUGGAGAAACACACGUCCAGAAACUACUUUCUGAAGUCUCAACAGAGGAUAUAUGGAAACAGAUUGUCGGGAAAGACGAGCACGGUAGUCCACGUGUAUCCUGUCCGCUGAAAUACAUGAAGAGUGAAUUGGAGAUGCAGCGCGAGACGUACGCGAAAUGGAUGCGGGACGUUGAGCGAAAAGCACGAGUACUUGAGGAGAUUGGUGUGUAUACGGGGUGGAAUGGGGCGGUGUCUCCUGGUGAAUAUGAGGAAGCUGUUCGCAGGUUAUGUCUUGCUAAAGAGAGAUUCUUGGAUCGAGAGGCCAGGACACCGGAGGAACGGGUUGAGUGGGAGAGGGUGUGGCCUUUUGAGGAUAAGUGA